CUCUAAAUCAGCUAAAAAAAAAUUCAUCUAACCGGACUUCUUUAUUUGGAUCAGUUCUUGGUGCAGGCCAAAAUUCGAAUAAAUUUAGAACUAUUAAUCCGAUUACUUGGUGCCUCCAACUCCUCCGGAUUGAGGAAUUCAACAUGCUCCAUCGCCGGCCGACGGCACGUCGAGGUCUGCAAAUCUGCAUUGCAACGAUCUAGAAGAGGGGGAGCGGCGCAGCUUUGUGCGCUACAGCUCUCCUCCAUGGCGUCGAAGCAGAUGGAGGAGAUCCAGAGGAAACUAUCUCUGCUUAGGUACCCCAGAGCCAACGCGCCCUCGCAGUCCCUCCUAUACGCCGGCGUUGAGAGAUAUGCUCUCCUGGAAUGGCUUUUCUUCAGGCUUUUGGGGGAUAGGUCGCCCUUCACGCAGCAGAAUUGGCAAGGGGACAGUAUGGACCGUGACGAGGAAACUGCUCGUAUCCAGUAUUUGGCUGAGAUAGCUCACUUCCUGGGAAUUACACCUACAAUUGAUACCGAAGCCAUCCAGGGAAGAGGAAGCUAUGAAGACCGUGCUGAAUUGCUACAUCUCAUUGUAGACCUCGUGGAAGCAAGUUGUUUUUCUGACAAUCCAGAGUGGAGUGUUGAUGAACAGCUAACGAAGGAUGUACAACUCCUAGAUUCUAUUGCGGAGAAGCAAGCUCAAAUUUUCUCUGAAGAAUUUAAGCUAUUCCCUGCUGACGUGCAGAUUCAAUCAA